AGAGCAUCACGGAAACCACAUUGUUUACAGCACAAUACGCCCACGAUUUCCUGCAGUCAUUGCCAUAUGAAGAUUUACAUUCAAUUGUACCGCGAAAUUCGGACACACGAAACAAAACAAACUCGAUUUGCAAUAUUCGCAAAUCAUUUGAAGAAUCAACUGAGUUUCACAAAAUUGGUCAAGCUUUCAUGACUAGAUGUAAUUGGGGUACCAACAAGUGGAUAACAAUGUUGGCAUUAUUGUUCUGCAUCAUAUGACCGUGGAGCCGGCGAUAUUUACUGGGUAUAUGGGCUGCGGUGGUUAAUCAAUGGUUUCCAGCUGUGCUCCAGCUGGUAAAAAUUCGUGGAUAUCAACCUGUUUUCAACUGCACUCAACUGUUUGUACUAAGGGCGUACAAGUCAAAAUGAGAUCUGUUUACAUCAGCUUCUUUGUAAUUGAUGGUUGUGCGAUAUUUGCAAACUUUUGUGCCUCAGUUUUGAUUGUUAUUUGUGAUCUUAGCUAUGCAUGACAAGGAACCGAUAAAUAUUAUUAAUUGUUGUUUAUGUUACAAUGUCGUGGCGGCCGCGAUAAUUUUGUGAAACAGGAUUGUAAUUUCUCUUCUGCUCCGCCUAUAUUCAGACACUAUGGCACGAAAGAGACGAUUGACAUUGGAUUCUGAGAGAAAGAGGAGAAGAAACGAAAUGUUACCACGUCCUCGUCCUGAACAACAGCUGGGAAACAUUGCUUCCUGUUAUGAAGUUAACUGCAGCAACAAUAAAGGAAGGAACCCUGAUUUAUGUUUUUUUACUUUUCCAAAAGACCCAGAAAGAUGUAGGAAAUGGGUAAUCAACUCCAAGAGGGAAGAUCUCCUGCAGAAAACCAGUGAUUAUACACAUAGAAAUUGUAGAUUAUGUAGUAAUCACUUUGAAGAUAGUCAAUUCAUGAACUCGAUUAAGAAUUCAUUAAUUAAAACUGCAAUUCCAACCCUCUUUUCAAUAUCUAACUUGCCAAAGCAAAUUUUCCCGAAAACAACACCAGCGGCAUCAAUGGAUAAAUGUUUAUCUAAAAGAAACAAAUUGAAAGGUGCUCCUAAGAUGGUCAAGAACACAUUGAAUAAUGAGUCUGGAACUAGAAGGAAACAGAGUAUCAUCUGCAGAAUAGAUGAUUCCCUGAUAUUAAAAAGAGGUGUUCCUAAGAUGGUCAAAAACACAUCAAGUGUAGAGUCAAGCACAAGAAGAAGGAAACAGAGUAUCAUCUGUAGAAAAGACGAUUGCCUGAAAGCAAAAACAGACAAUGAGAACUACGAGGAGGCUGAUGCCGGCGGGGACGAUGACGUGGACGAUGCAGACGACGACGACGACGCCAGCGGCGGCGACGAUGUUGAAGACGAUGCCGUCGGCGGUGCCGGUGCCGGUGUCGAAGGCGAUGAAAGCGGCGGUACCGAUGUCGAGGGCGAUACCAACGGCAGUGACGAUGUCAAGGACGAUGCCGGCGGCAGUGACGAUGGCGAGGACGACGCCAGCGGCUCCUACGAUGACCAUGCCAACGGCAGUGACGCUGUCGAGGACGAUGCCAGCGACAGUGACGAUGGCGAGGGCGACGUCAGCGGCUCCUACGAUGACGAUGCCAACGGCAGUGACGCUGUCGAGGACGAUGCCAGCGGCAGUGACGAUGGCGAGGACGAUGCCGAUGCCGGCGGCUGUGCUGAUGAGGCGAAGGCAUGGUGCGAGUGCCGGGCGCGCACCGAGGCCCUGCGGGCGCGGGUGUGGCGCGCGGAGCAGCUGCUGGAGCGCGUGCUGGGCCAGCUGGAGGCGGAGGAGCAACGCCGCCCGGACGCGGCCGCGGGCGACGGCGGCGGCGAACGCGCCGGCGACGGCCAACGCGCCGGCGCCGACGUGGACACCGUCGUGCUGGGCCAGCCAGGC